UCAUUUGUAGACCCACACAAGAUGGCGACGGGAUGUCUAGCUCGUGCGCGGAACGCACCGAAGGCAGGGGCAUGUGUCGCGCAUGCGCAGCGCGCCUCACACGCGCGUGCGGGAGGCCCCCUUGUGAGGGAAGGGGGCGUCGCGGCUGUGAGGCCCGCCCAAGAUGGCGGAGCGGUUCCUGACCUUCGUCCACCUGUGCUGUUUCCUGUGGGCCUCGUUCUCACUCUCUCAGAACGUGGGCAUGCCCCACUCCCUCCGCAGGGAGAGCGAGAACACCUACGGCGGCCGCUGGAAAUACCUGACCUUCAUCAACCAGAUUCUUCAAACUCUAUUGUUUGGAAUAUGUGUCAUAAUUGACUUUGCUCAUAUGUUCAUCCCUGCAACAAAGAACAGUAUGGCAUCCCGAUUGUUGCCUCCAAGAGACUUCAUCUUCUCAGUGCUAGUAUUCCCUGUUGGCUUAUUUGUAGCUGUUACUUUUUGGACCCUUUAUGCAUAUGACAGAGAAUUGGUAUACCCUAAAGAACUGGAUGAGAUUAAUCCAUCUUGGCUUAAUCAUACCAUGCAUACCACUAUACUGCCACUACUUCUUAUUGAGCUGAUUACAUGUCCACAUAAAUAUCUUUCUAAAUUGAAUGGAAUGAUAGGACUUAGCAUCUUUGGUACCUCAUACCUCACAUGGGUACUAUGGGUAAAUUAUGCAUCAGGAAUUUGGGCAUACCCAAUUUUAGAAGUAUUAGGCGUACCUGGAAAGGCGGUACUUUUUACCAUUUCCUACCUCGUAAUGAUAGGAUUCUACUUACUUGGAGAGCAUCUAACAAAGUUAUUAUGGGGUGACUUUCGAAAAUAUAAGAAGCAAGGAUAGAGAGGAAGCUGAAAUACCUUUCUAGUAGCUCUCCCAUUUGUGAAAAGCAAAUAACAAAAUGCACUGCUGAGUGCUGGAACUCUAGUGCCAACUGCUUCAUGCCAGGUGGAGACAGAGGACAAUUCUUCAGGAAACCCUCCCCUGUCACGAAUGAAAAAUACAAUUCUGCAGUGAGACAGACUGUUUGCUUGGUGACCCUAUCCCAAAAUAGAGAACAAAGCUUUAUGAAUUACACGAG